AAUUGAGCGUGCACGUGACGUUACGCACGGAAUACUUGGGGCUCUUUUGUUCCGAUGUAUGCGUUAACUACAGGGACAUGACAGUUGCCCUUUGGAGAAGCUAAAUGACUCCAUGGCACAGUGACGACGAGAGGUUUUACGCAUGACACGUCCAGGCUUUGCUUGCAGGCCUUUUCGGUUUACAAAACGAAACAAUGCCUUUAAAACGCAUGAGAGAAGAGCUCGCGGUUCUAUGAAACAAUCCGUCUCUUUCUAAUCAUUUAAUUUAAUCUCUCUUGUUGCAAAAACAAAUCACUGCAUUUUUACGCACGCAUAACUCCUCUUUGCUCUGUUAAACAUCACACUCAGCGCGGAGGUUUUAUCUUGAUGAACUCAGUGCUGCGUGGCGAGGAAAGGUCAACGUCACGGGUACGGAACCACGCACGGAGCAGAGCACCUGCACGCCAGGUGAGUUCUUCCCGGUGCCAGGAACCAGAACUAAGCAGACCUGAACUCCAAGAUGAGGUGAUUCAUCUCGACCGGUCUGAAGAGACACUCAUACCAUCAGUUAUGAUAAAAUGUGCUUCUUCUCGUUCUUUUUUUCUUUUCUUGCUGGGAUUUAUAACAGACUUCUUCAACAUAAACCCGCUCAGUUUACCUCUGUUUGGUGUCUUAUAGCUGUAAUAUUUCAAGAGACACGACACAGUGGUGAGAAAUAUUAACCUGUAACUCUUUAUGUUUUGAUCAUUAGUUGAAUUAAAGAGGAAUGCCGCCUCUUGCUGCAGUCUUUCACUGUGAACGUUAUUGCACAAUGAUUUUGUGUUUGGCACGUUUGACUGCUUCCAUAAACGUCCUCUCUACUGUUUACACGUCUUCAUCUAUUAACUCUGCCUGCGGUGACACUGUAAGCUGGGAGCAAACAGCAGCCUUGUUUUGUUCUGCUGUGUGGUCUCUUGUAUGGGUUGGGAUAAGACGACGACGUUCAUGGAAAACUUGGAGGAGGGGAGGCGGGGGGAUCCAUAUCCUUUAGGCUUCUCUGCAACUUUACGCACGUGCCAAGAGCGCCAUUCCAUUCCAGGUUCAAUCAAUAGAACCUCUAAUGACGUUUUCCGCUUUUUGCGCACGACUUGACCCGUUUUCCAACCUGGCAAGCAGGACAGCAAAGAUUUAAGUUAGAGCUGGAUGUUUGUCAGCCUCAGCCGUUUUGUUUUUCAGCUCAACAUGCGGCUCGGUGAUUAGUGGACACGUUCCGAGCUGUUGCGUAUUGAUGUGUAAUAUAGAUUGUAUGUGUGUGUGUGUGUGUGUGUUGCGGCGGUCACUCCCUGUGUGUUGCAGCUAAUUUCUUCCAUUAUGAUAUUGCAUCCGGAGGGAAACCCCGUCGGCCAUUGGACUUCUUGACAUCACAUGGACCCGAGGUCACGUGGUUCGCGAAGCAAUGGGAGGGAGGAGGGAGUGGGGUGGGGUGACUUUCUUUUUUUUUCUCUUUUUUUUUUUUUUGGUGUAAAUCUAGACAGUAAUACCGCGCCAAUAAUUCACGGUGCCUCGUAAAAAGUCGACAUCAAAGCGCCCCGGGCCUACAAAUCACCGGCACCAAAUUAUGAGUUCGCUCGACUUCGCCAACGCGCUGUUUUCCAAAUACCAACAAACCGCUGCGAGCUGCUCCGCUCUGCUCUUCACAGACUCUCCAACUUCUCCCUGCCCGUCUUCCUCUGUUGCUCCUGCCGUGUCUUCUUCGUGCGCCCUCGUGUCCAGCGGAUAUCAGCUCCAUGUCUCCGGUGGGAAAGGGAGCGAAGGGCUCCCUCCCUCCCUGUCUUCUCCUUCCUCCUCCUCCUCCUCCUUUCCCUCCACCUCCUCUUCCUCAUCGUUCUGUUUGUCUCUGCCGGGAUUAAACCGGAGCAGCGGGGUUACUAGACCCGGCGCGCAUCCUUUCAACCCCGCUGAAAUGCUCGCAGGAGGGGCGUAUAGCGCGUCUGGAGCCGGGCCGCUGUGCUCCUCUCUGCAGGGAUGCGCUAUGGAGAGAUUCUCCGGUCGGCCUCGGUUAUGCACGGUGAGCUCGAGGCUCCCUGAGCCGGCCUGCAGGAGGCAGAGUAUCCCGGAGCAGCACCACCACCAGCAGCAGCAGAGGCAGGAGGGGCUACCGAUUUACCCCUGGAUGAGAAGCUCAGGUGCCGACAGAAGGCGCGGGAGGCAGACGUACACGCGUCACCAGACCCUCGAGCUGGAGAAAGAGUUCCACUUUAACCGGUACCUCACGCGGCGGCGGCGCAUCGAGAUCGCUCACGCGCUCUGCCUCACGGAGAGGCAGAUCAAGAUCUGGUUCCAGAACCGGAGGAUGAAAUGGAAGAAGGAGAACAAGGGGACGGAGAGCGGCUCACCGACAGCAGCUUUGCCGACCGCUGAAGAAGAAGAAGAGGAGGAGGAGGAGGAGGAGGAGGAUGAAGAUGAGUGAUAAUAUGUAAUAACUGUACAGGACACUUUAAGACAACAAACCGUUUAUUCUUCAGCUAUUGAAUAAAAUGUGACCGUUUCAUCCUCCAGCAAACAACUGCCAGUAUGAACACCAGGCAUUUAAAAUAUAUAUUACAUUACAAAUAAUUCAAGGUGGUUAAACUACCAACCUCACUAUAUAAACAUCAGAUUUUUGAACAUAAUCAUGGUGUGUUCCAGUUGAGCGCUGGAUAUUCAUACAGAAAUAUUAAUGUGAUAUCUGCAACAAAAAGGGACAAAGUAGCUGCUGAUUUACUUAUUGAAACAAGCAUUUGUGUGGAUACAAAGCGUAUUGUUAGUGUUUAUAAUAAAGCUGCAGUGCAAGGUGAGCCAUGCAGGGCUGAAAUAUUUACUGAAUGUUAUUAGAAUAUUAGACUAAAGAGCAUUUAUACUGAGCUCCACCGUGAGAACGCCAGCCAUGAACGAAUAUUCUUUUUGCCUGCACGCAGUUUUCUGAAUAUUUCAGAAGAAUAUCACAAAAUUCUACAUUUUACUAAUUUUACUUUGGACAUUUGUUACAAUAAUCUCCCUCAUGGUUUAAAUAUCUCAAAGCCGUCUCUACUUUCUAGUGUUGUUUUGUAUUCUAGUUUUUUAAAUUUUUAUUUAAAAUCAAUUAGAACCACAAAUAUUAAAAGCCCUAAACAAGCCAACAUGUUUAAUAUCUCAUGACUUCAGCGUCCUCAGUGUUACUUUACAGCUGUGACUGCUUACUUGUGUUUUAAGAAUCCUUUUCUUUUCUUAGAUUUCAGUUCUAAGUGCUGCUGCUCAGGAAGUACACUGCCGAAACUCCUGAUGUAAUCAUUCAUAUCAAACCUGCACCAUGUAUUCGAUUAAUCGACAGUGAGCGGAUUUUAAAAUAAGAUUCUCUGGCUCAUCACAUCACAUUAAAACUGAGCCAGUCACUUCCUGUGUGUCAUUUCUGGUGAUCAUGCUUUUAAAAAAAUAUAAUCAUAGGCUCAUUUUUGUCGUUGUUGUUUUCUGUGUUUGAUCUGAUGUUUUCAUUUUGUGUGAGCUUCGUGGGUUCAGACUAAAAUGCACUAUUUUGUUCUUGAGUAAAUCAAUAAUAAUAACAAUAAAAAAAAGUGAAGUGAGCUUGUUGUCACAUCUCUCAGUCUCACUUUCUUCUGGAAACAUAAACGGCAGCUAAAAACUAGUUUUAUGACUACAGUGAGUGUGGACUGUCAGUGAGAGUAACACACACAGGUCAGGACAAUGACAAGUCAUCAUUA